GAUGGCGACGAGCGGGCAAAAAAAUUGGAAUCCGAGUGAUAAUGCUCGUCUAGAGCAAUUUAUCGCAGUCACCGGAGCUUCCAAAGAGGCAGGGAGGCGUUUGCUGGAGGCGUGUAAUGGCAACCUGGACAUGGCGAUCGGCAUGUUCAUGGAUAACAAUGGUAGCGUCACCGAUAUUGAAGAAGGACCAAGCACGAGCAGUAGCAGUGCGGGGGUGACAGGUAUGGCUACAGGUGGAGCGGAAGCGAUGCCAGGCCUAAGUCUUCCAGAUGAAGGGGAUGAAGUCCGAGCACCAAUACCUCAGAAGAAAGAAGUCCUCAUGGAAGAAAACUACCCAACAUAUGCCGUCCCUCAAGUUGGGAGCCGGGAGGAUGCCGAACUGGAGCUGCUUGGUUUCCGUGGCAACAGACGUCGCCCGCCACGAUCUGUAUUUGAUGGGUUUAGAGAUUUUGAGGCAGAAACAAGGCAGCAGCAUGAAUGGGCCGUGGCAGGACCCCCGAAAACAAAAAAGAGGAAAACAUUGGAGGAUUUGUUCCGACCGCCUUUAGAUCUGAUGCACAAGGGGACAUUCCAGUCGGCUCGAGAUGCUGGUACAAAGAGUAACAGGUGGAUGAUAGUCAAUAUUCAGAACGUACAGGAAUUCUGUUGCCAAGCGCUCAAUCGAGACGUUUGGAGCCAAGCAGCUGUGAAGAGUAUUAUUCAGGAACACUUCUUAUUUUGGCAGGUCUACCAUGAUAGCGAGGAAGGCAAGCGAUACACCCAGUUCUAUAAGAUCAACAAAUGGCCGUAUAUUGCUAUCCUUGACCCAAGGACGGGGGAGAACAUGGCCAUAUGGAAUAAGAUUGAUGCCUUGACUUUCUGUGACCUAGUGACAGAGUUCCUGUCUCAUCACCCAUCACUGGAUGGUGCUUUAUCUCCACCAGCAAAGAAACAAAGGAUUGACAGCAUAGUGGAGGCAUCUGAAGACAGUCAAAUGGAGGCAGCAAUCAAAGCUUCAUUAGCGGAGACACAAAAAUCUUCCAAAAACUCUUUUCAGUACAUAUCGGACUCAGAUUCAGACAGCGACUUAGAGACAUUCUCAGAUUCAGAAUCGGAAAACGGCGAUGUACGGGAAAUCGAAGCGAAAUCAGGAAAUAAUUCAACAGACUCUAAAAACACGGUGACGCAAAGUGAAAAAUAUGAAUCUACAGUAAAAUCUGAAUCCAACAAAAGUGAGAGUCAGGAAUCAGAAGAAACUCACACUUCCAAAGAUUCAUGUGGUGCUAUUUCAAACUCUGCUCAAUCUAAGACCAUUUCUGCCGCAAUUUCAAAUAAACAUGACAGUACUGUGACUCAGACUACGAAUAGUUCAGGCUCCGUGGAAAAAUCUGUGAAAUCCGGUAAAGCUUUGUGUAAAUCUUCGAAGAAAAAUCAUGGAAAUAGCGAUUUGAGUAGUGUGAGUGAAUCGAAUGGAGAACAAAUGUGGCAGCGGCAUUUAGGAAGCAGCAACGAUCCACUGACAACACUCAACAUUCGAUUCCCUGAUGGUAAGAGAGAACAAGUCAAGUGGCCAUGUUCUUCGAAGCUGUUUGGCUUGGUGCAGUUUGUCCUCUCAAAGGGCUUCAGCAACGAACGCUUUGAAUUGGUUACCAACUUCCCGCGAAGGCGCCUCUCGUACAUGGAAUUCGAUGACACGCUCAAGCAGAUCGGACUUCACCCACAAGAAACUGUCUUUGUCCAAGAGAGGUGACAAGGGGCACGUUUGCGAUGCGAAUAGACAACUGCAUAGUGAAAGCCAGUAGCGGGAAUGAGACAUUUCAGAUUUUGGUAGAUUUCGUUUUUCUACUCCAGAAGUGUUUGAUUUCACAGCAGAAAUGAAGAGAUGAGUGCCAAAGCUCUCUGUAGAACUUUACAUUUUUGAAAUCAGACAAAAAGUAAGAUUUUGGAGGCAUAUUUUUGCAAGGGAGGGCAGUUAUGAGGACAAAAAUUGUUCAUUAUGGAAAUUGUUCGUUUUUUGCUCUGCAUCUGUUUCAUCCCUGCAGAAGAUUGUGGAGAAAACCCGCUACCUACUUCCUGGCUGGGGGUACAGUUGGGGAAGGGUUCCAAUAAAUCAGAAACAAUCAUGUGUAUGAAGUAAAUGAAUGACCCCUAUUUGUUUUAAAGUCUGGAUUAGGGCAGAGUUCUGGUUCAAAGUUAUGGAUAAUGAACUGACACAGUGUGCAUAUUGUAUGUCUUCUUAAAUUUUGGUAUUUUACUCAAGACAGUGGUCGCAUGUGAAUGUUGAGAGUAAUGUAUCAUAUGUAGAGCCAUCAGAUUUCGUCAAACUUGCGUGAAGCUUUUUCAAACACUUUUCAAAACGAGAUGCAGCUUUGAUACGAAUAUAGUAUUUACCACACUGACUCAGGGCAAACUGUCAUCCAUAAAGUUGUGAUUAAUCACGAUGCAGCGAACACCUCAGGAAAACGAUCACAUUUGCCCAUCAGCAUGAGGGCAACGUAUUAUCUCUCCGACCUAAUGCGACACUAAGCCCAUGAAUAUCGAAUGCAUUGUUAUUUCUUUACCAGAUGAAAUCGUUUAUGGUCAAACUGUAAAAACCAACCAGCAAGUACACCCUGGAGAAGCAGUUCGCCAGCUUACUGAGAAUCGGGCAGGCAUUACAACUUGCCAAGCAGGCCUGUCCUGUCUCAUUCUGGCUAAUUUUCUUGUGAUCCACUGAUUUUCCCAGGCCUCUGCCAGGCAUUUUCCUGGGCAGGCUGUUCAGUAAGUUGGAAGGCCUGCUUUGAAUACACAGAAUAUUGUAAGAUUCUCAAUCAAAUGGGGAACUGUUUCCAGGGUGAAGUAUAACAUGUUAUUCAGGUAUUUCCAAAAGCAGCAUUUGAAAUAUUUUUCGGUUCUGCAAUUUGGGAGAUGUCUUUGAUUACUUUGCAUAACGGAGAAAUGCUAAACUCGCCAAUGCGUUUUGAGGAGACUUUCAGUCAAUUGUACUUUCUGAUAUUGGUGAAUGGUAUAUUUUUAUGUCAUCCUGUCAAAUUCAUUGAACUCAAUGCAUUUAUCCUGUUUAUAUGACAUUCUACAUGUAACUUUUUUCAAUGGUCAUUAAAAUUUUGUAUGUAAAUGAAGAAUGUGUUUGUGCGAGUUCAUCUGUCAUUUAUAGAUCCUGGAUGAAUAAGUGUUCCUGUUCUAUCAGUGUUGUCACUAAGAAACUGCUCAGGGUGUUUAGUGCUACAGCAUGAACAUUCCUGACCAUUGCCAAAGUUACACCUAGACACUUGUGUUAUAUAAUAUUAGUACUUUCAAACAGUACUGUAGUGUUAACAAUAUCAUAGUAUGACUCCUACAGUUUUCCCACCAAACUCAAGGCCACAUUUUGUAUAAUGCUUUCUCCUGAUUGGUCAGUCUUGCUAUGUCUUGACGUCUUCGCGUCCGAGUAUAAAAAGCCGCACGCGCUUCCGCGCAGCCCCUUUUUUACCAGAUCUCUCUCGCUUGUACACGAGGAGACUGGCUGUGCCGAUCCGGUGAUUAUACCAUGGAGGUAUAAAUAAGAUACCUCCAUGAUUAUACCAUCUGGAACAAUUGAUCAAUUGUUCUAAGCUAUCCUUCUAUGGAAUAAACCA